CCAAGCGUCAGUCCAAAUAAACCCGACGGUGCGGGCAGUCUACUCGGUGCCCGCCUCAGUGGAUAAGUCCUCGGCAGUAUGGUGUGAAUAUAUUUUUUGUUACUCACACAUCUACAGAGAGAAUCAAGAAAACACAGGCCAUUUUAAUUGAUUCACCGCAGGAGACAACGAAGAAGUCAGGAAAACAAUCGUCUGCAUUUGCAUACUAGAUAUGGAUACAAAUGACGAUCGAGGAGCUGGUGAAGCUAUGCUGAAGGGAUCAGGUGCUCGAAGAAUGGCCACCACAUCUUCCGGAUGGAGGAAGAUCUUGAUGUGUUGCUUGAAACCAGAAGAAGACGAUGUUCAAGUAUUGGAUUAUGAGCACUCGAGCUUAACUGAGGUUCCAGCUGUAAUCUUUAGCCAUGAAAGGACGUUAGAGGUACUCCGGCUCGACUGUAAUCAAAUUGCCGAUUUGCCCCGACCGCUCUUUCACUGCCACGGACUCAAAGAGCUCUGGCUCUCUGAUAAUGAGAUUUCCCAGUUGCCCCCCGCGUUGGCCUCUCUCAUCCAUCUGCAGGUGUUGGAUAUUUCGAAAAAUGCCCUGUCCGAAGUGCCCGAUGCUAUUAGCGGUCUGAAGGCGCUUAUUACCCUGGACCUCAGCGUCAAUCCGCUCGGUAAGUUGCCGGAGGGUGCAACUAAAUUACUCUCGCUUGAGUCGCUCAACCUCUCCGACACGUUCCUCGAAUUCCUCCCGGCCAACUUUGGUCGUUUGACCAAAUUGCGAUUGCUUGAGCUAAGAGAAAACCAACUGGCCAGUUUACCUAAAUCUAUGGCCCGUUUGACUGCGUUGAAACGACUGGACAUGGGGCAAAACGACUUGUGUGACCUGCCUGAAGUCGUCGGAAGUAUUCCGUCCCUCACGGAAUUGUGGGUGGACGGGAACAAGUUGGACGUGCUACCUGAAUUUCUGGGUCAUUUACAGAAUCUGGUUCAUUUGGAUGCAUCUAGAAAUUGUCUUCACGGCAUCGCUCCAACCAUCGGACUAUGCAAAUCGUUGACAGAUUUAUCCUUAACGUCCAACAACUUGGCAAAUCUACCCGAAGAAAUAGGCGAUUUGACUCUGUUGACCGUACUACGCGUCGAUGAUAAUCGCUUGACUUGCCUGCCAGAUUCGCUUGGUCGUCUGUCACACCUGGAAGAAUUGCAAGCCGGCCAGAAUCGAUUGUCAAAACUUCCCGCAUCGAUCGGCUUACUGCGCAAAUUGGAAACCUUGAUGUUGAACGAGAACCUGCUAGAUGAAUUACCAGUGGAACUGGGCUCGUGCCAGCGGCUGACCGUCUUGUCCCUUCGCAAAAACCGACUGGAACAUUUGCCGCCAGAGUUGGGCCAUCUUUCACGUCUACGUGUCAUCAAUCUUAGCUGCAAUCGGCUACUCCAUCUGCCCGUCUCGUUUCUCAAGUUGCCGUCGCUAUCUGCUCUAUGGCUUUCCGAGGCACAAACCAAACCGGUUGUGCCGCUUCAAACGGACAUUGACUCCAGCACUGGUCACAAGGUUUUGACUUGUUUCCUUUUGCCACAGUCAGCAGAUCCGGAGGCAGAAGAACAGACACCAGCAGAUAAGGGCAGUCCCAAUGUCGUGACUGCUCGUUCGCCCACUCAUAUCAAAUUUGCUUUCGAUGGAGAAGCCGAUCCAAAAGCAGGUAAAUUGAUGAGGAACCCAACCCCAUACCCGAAGGAGUUGAAGGCCUUGGCCAAACACGCCCAGCAUAUUCAACAACACCACCCGGUUUCUCCCACAGCCCGCAAUAGCGUGGACCUACCUACCACUGGUACCACUUCGCCCAGCGAAACUAAAGGACAGUUGAAGAAACAGCCAGAGCCUCUUCCAGUUGCUGUCGUUCCUCCUCAGCCUGCUGCGCCUUCUACGACGAUCACUGUCCAUGUCGACCCGACAGUGACGAUCAUUUCCAAAUCGCCAGACGAGCCCAUCCCAGUCCAGAGCGAACCUAGCAAUGCCCCGAUACGACCGAAGCCAGAAAUUGUGCUGGGAGCUCCGCAACCCCUUGCCACACCAUCGAAUGAAUCACAGCCUGAAGUUCCUCCAUUACUGCCUCCGGUUCAUACAUCCUUAACAUUGGAACCCAAACGCAAUGCACCUGUAGACCCGGUUCAUACGUCCUUAACAUUAGAACCCAAACGCAAUGCGUCUGUAGACCCGGUUCAUACGUCCUUAACAUUGGAAGCCAAACGCAAUGCAUCUGUAGAAAACUUGGCCGAUCCGGAAGUUGAUCCGCCCAAGCCAAAUGGCAUUCCAGCAGCAGCCGAACAUUCACCUAGAUCUGCUGAAAUCGAAAUAAAAGAAGCUCGAGUGCUUCGACCGUUAAUGUCUGCAGCAGAUGGAUUAGACAAGGUGAAGAACCCCACAGAUGUUGUUGACCGGUCCAGUCAACCGGACUUGACGGCCGAAGUCAAGCAACAACCACCACCGUAUCACGUUGCGGCUGUUUACUCGAAACGUGCAGCUGAGUUCAAUCACGCGACUAGUUUGCCGCGCACACAGUCAACUGACAGUGGAUUCACGGUUGAAGGGACUUCGGGUGAGAGGAGAGAUAGCAGCCCCAGCCGUGACAGCGGACGCGGACCUUCUAUUGAACCGCUUGAAGACAAUGCGCAGCCAUCUGGAAGCCCAGGGCCUGCACAAUCUGUCGUGGCUGCUAAACGUCCCGUUGAUUUGCCCUUGAAUGGCAGCUUGGCAGACAGGGAGAAAAUGACACCGCUUGCUUUAAAGAGAGCCACCUACAUCAUCGAUAAUAGCCUGAGUCCCAACGAUGGCACCGAAGCAGUAGAAGAAACGGGAGACCUUCAAUCAGUGGCGGCAUUGAGACAAGCAGCCCGCGAAGUGUUCCUGUCCGCUUCCCCAAAGGAAAGUCCGCUUCCAGCACACAAGCAGACCUCCUGGGAUGUUCCACUUUCCGUCCACACUACAAAUGGGUCCUCCAACACUCUAAGUGCCGCUAACGUUGUUGGACUCCCACCUGCCGGCAACUCGUCUGAGAAUGGCGGCCAACAACCACCGGCCAAAAUUCAAGGACGACUUCCGCCGCCAAAGUAUCACGUCACUAGUAAUGGAUUCCGUGAUACAUCGGCUGAAUUGAAAUCUCCUCCGCCUGCCAGUGCCUCCUCUCGCAUUCCUCUGGCAUCGCACAACCGGCUUCCUAGCGGACUUCCGCGUCAGUUAUCCAACUUGUCAAAUAGCUCGCUACUUGAUGGGCCAAUUGUAAAUAAACCUGCACCUCUCUUGCCACCGAAGAAGCGGGAUUCUCCACCGCCUCCGACUCUUCAACCCAAAUUGUCCACUUCUCGGAUUCCUCCGCCGCAAGUGCACACGCCCGUUCUUGCUUCUCCGCUAACGCCCCUAUCGUUGAAGACCAAUUUUUCGCCCUUGCCAGUCCAUAAUGCCAGAUUGGUCACACCAACGACGACACCGCUAACGCCAACAACCAAUAACAACGAUUUCGAAUCUAAUCAAAGCAAUAAAAUCACGCCGUCUCAGCCUUUGACUACGCGCAUUCCUUUGCCAAAGUACUCGGCGUCUGAUAUCAGUAAAACUGGAGUCUCACCCGGAUCUCGAAUUCCGACACGGUUACCUACACCGACAACGUCGAUUCCAUCAAUUUCCAAAAGCAAAUUGUCAGCGGACUUGACAGGCAGUCCGUCUCUAGCGUCUUACACAUCACGUAUUCAAUAAGCCAUCUGACAAUGGGCAGCUAAAAUGGAGAAUGUGAGUCAGUAAAGCGAAAGAAACAUGAAAAGAGGUUGUAAGCAUUUAUUAUAUUUUUUCUUUUGUUUCAAAACUCAAUUUUCUGCAAUAGUUAUGUACAGUCGAUUAUUUGAAUGGAGUUUUGUUCGUAUUCAAAUUUAUGCUGGAGUUUUUUUUCUUUCUUUUAUUAUAAUUUUUAUCCCCUCGCGUAUUACGUGCCCUUAUAUUCGUGUUGAUUAUCUCAUAAGAUCUUCUCCAUCCGAACUUUUUCACAAAAAAAUGCAAUUGACUUUCAGAAGUAAAACAAAACAACAAAAAUCGUAUUUGGAUCAUUCAAGUGACCUGCCAAAAUUUGCCUUUUCGUCUAUCUCAAACUUCUUUUUUAUAUAUGGUCAUCUUAACUUGUGUUUAAGUGAUUUUGCAAACCAACGAAAUAUCUUAAUUUCGCCAGCGUGACAGAGGAACCUUUAUCAUUUCCCCCCUAUUGUCUUUCUAGUUAGAGUUGUAUAAUAUCAUAACGUUUAUGGACUUUCUUGGGUUUUUCAUAAUUUUAUGCCAGUGACAAUAUACCUGUGUGAGGCAAGAGUAUUUUUUUUAUCGCAAAAGAAGAUUUGAAUACACUCUUCGAAUACUGAAA